AGCACUGCCACGCUACAAUCAACACUUCACGAAUGCCGCAAAGAUCCUCAACUCCCAAAGUGUGAGACACCGCUAAUUCAGCAAGUCAGACACUAUCUCUUGCCCACUGCCAUGACAGAUGGGAAUCGCUAUGUGGCAGUCAUUCUUAAGAUUCCUGCAAGUGACAACCGUCAGGGAAGUUUUGAAUUCUAUAAAGCGCUUCUCAAGGCACUCCAAAAUAAGUUCGUUGGUGACGUCUCACUGAAAGGAUCGUUCUUCAACGUGAAAAAUACUGAAUUCAUCUACGCACUUCAAAGUGACGCUAAAAUAGCUGCUGUGUCAGCAGUGCUUGUUCUUGCAUGUUUCCUUCUCUACUCCCGUAGCUUUCUAUACACCUUUGUCAUACUGUCCAUUAUAUUCCUUUCAAUGGGUGUCGCCUUUUUCUUCUAUACGGUUAUCCUUCGGAUAAAUUUCUUCCCGUCGUUGAACUUGCUUGCUUUCGUUUUAAUGAUAGCUGUGGGUGCAGAUGACGCAUUCCUUUUACUGGUUCCUUUUACUGGUAUACUACAGAAGAUUCAGGAAGAACACCUAGUACUUGGUAUUAAGGCAAAGGAAGAACCAUAUCAUAUUGGAGAUCCAUAUGUACCGUUGUACAAGGAGCGCGACCGAAUGAUUCGAGCCAUUCGCAGUUCUCUACGUCACUCCCUAGCGUCCAUGUUUGUUACUUCAGCAACCACGGCUGUAGCGUUUAUUUCGAAUCUCAGCAGCGCAAUCAUCGUUCUAAGCACAAGCGGGCGGCACACCAGUGAAGAAGACGCAAUGUACGUGGCUUGUCUCGCCCACAAGACCAGCAAGAGCCUGGCCUUUUACCCACUCAAAUUGUUGAAAAAUCUGGUCUAG